AUGAACCACGUGACAUUUAUGAACGUGUAUUUGUACGACACCAAAAUGCUAUCUUACUUUGCCGGCUCCAAAAUUAGAAAACUUUCUUGUCUGUCGAGUAUGAAGGUUUCCACUACAGCGUUCGUCCUAUUGACUAUAAGCUGUUUUGUUCAGCUACUGUUGCCAGUUGAAGGUUCUCUAGACAAACCACUGAUGUUGUCACCUCUAAUAAAAAAAAGUCAAAUCAAGCAAGCGCAGAAUCUAAGUCUUGUAAAAGAUGAGAAAUCUGUCAUACCAACCAGCUACGCUGGGUUCAUUACUGUGGACGAGAAACUCGGAAACCAUUUGUUUUUCUGGUUUUUUCCUUCAACGUCCGGGGCUAAAUCUCCGCUUGUGGUUUGGCUAAAUGGGGGCCCGGGAAGUCCAUCAACAUUGAGUUUAUUUGAUGAGAACGGACCGAUCCGUCUUAAGAACAACGGAUAUGAACGUAGCAAUAUUUCGUGGACACAGACAAUGUCAAUGUUGUACAUAGACAACCCCGUCGGCGUCGGCUUCAGCUAUUCAGACAGUGGGAACGCCGGAUAUAGGAUCGACCAAGAUGGCUAUUCUAAAGAUCUUUAUGAGUUUAUUCAACAGUUUUACAUUUUAUUUCCUGAAUAUCAGAAACGAGAGUUAUACAUUGGCGGAAAGUCUUAUGCCGGAAAGUACGUGCCUGCUUUCGCUCAUUAUUUGCAUUUAAAAAUCAAAGCUGGAAUAUCGAAUCUUCCUUUAACAGGUAUUUAUAUUGGAUGUCCAUUCUUUGACCCCUUUGAGCAAAGUCUUGCGAUCUCUGAUUAUCUACUUGCUGUCGGCUCCAUCACAAGAAAGGAAGCAAAUCUACAUAAGAAUGACAUUAAAGAGAUGUUCGAUGAAUUUCAGCAUAAUAGAUUAGACAUUAGUGACUCUGCUAAAUUAGUUAUGAGGUUAUACACAAAAAAGGCUAUGGAUCUACCAUUAAAGAACUAUUAUUCUGGUGAAGACCCCAGUUCCAAAAAUUUAUCUCAAUUUUUGAAUUCAACUUAUUUGAGAAAUAUGGUUCACGUUGACAAUGCGACGCUCAGUAUUUCGAAUUCCGAGUUAAGAAAUAAAAUGGCGAAAGAUAUAUUGACCAGCACAAAAACCAAACUAGCCGAACUUGUGGAGAAAUACAAAGUUUUGAUCUACACUGGAGACUUUGACGCUCUUACAAGUCCUGCUAUGAUUGACGCGGCCCUGCUGUCCAUGAAGUGGUCCAGACAGGAAGAAUACAACAACGCGACACGUUCUUUUUGGUUGGGUGAUAAUGGCACUCUGUCUGGGUUCUAUUCCAGAACUGGGAACCUCUGCCAGGUUGUCAUUAAAGGUGCCGGACAUUCGGCGGGCUAUGACCAGCCAAAGAGAGCGUAUAACAUGAUGAAUUUUUUCAUUCAGAAAGGCUGUAUCAGCAAGUGAUGGACGAAGUGCUUGGCGACCACUGAAAUAAGAAGCA